CCGUCUCUGAUCAAGCAUCCGGUCCUGGCCCAGCUUAAUCCAUCUGUGGUGCACACAAGUGCCACACUCGAUAAUGCGUUCUCAUACAAAACUCCUGAUCAGUCAAGCCCUACGGAUUCGGCGACUUUGGAGAGCACAGAGGAGCGAAACGUGGCGAAUAAACUGAAAGUACCGGAAGUGGGGAAUGAGUAUCAGCCGAAUCAGACAAACAAAGGUGUAGAUCAGGAACGGGAACAAUCAGCUGAUUCGGAGGAAGAGGAGGACUUGUUAGAUGAACAGUCUAUCGAUUCGUUUGAGCGUGCUUUCCGAGCAAUAUUGACUACACGGGAGCGUGUGGGUCAGUUAGAUCAUGCUUCUCGACGCAAAAUGGCCGAAAAACUCACCCUCCAGUUGUGGCGAGCCGUAGGUGGCUCCCCGGACGAGGUUGACGGUCUGAGUACGGAAAGUUCAGACGAAGUUGACGGCACGUGA